AUGGGCGGCUACGAGGGUCUGUCGGUCGGCGCUAAGGUCGACCUCAUCAACGCGCUGAUGGACCGCGCCGAGAAGGAGGUCAAAAACUUCCGACCGCCGAAAAAGGCCGAGCCGGUGGCGCGCAAGAUUCGGACGCCACCUUCGGAUUUUAGCCUUGCGAGCUCGGCGCACACGGCCUCGAUGGAGUCGGGCACCGACGAGACGCUGAUCGCCGUCUCCGAGCUGGACACGGAGAGUUCGGGCCGUACCGUCAACACCGACACCGAGGGCCCGUCCCUGAUCGUGAGGUGCCGCAUCGCGUCGUUGGGUGCUGAUGACCAGACGUCCGGCUGUUCCCUGCAACGCAGCGAGACGAGCGAGCUGUACCCCCCGCCGCCGCCACCUCUCAGAAAGGCCGUGCGGUCCGAGUCGGACUCGUCGUUGCGCUACAAGGAGUUGACCAAGUCGGAGAAGCAGCUGCUCGAGAAGCUGGUGGCAAAGAAGCGACGCGGCACGCUGACGAAGGAGCGCCGCGCGCAGCUGAAGGCUCGCGGUAGCAACCCGCAC